GCGGCAGCAGCACCGCGGGGACGCGGCGGCCGCGGGGACACGGCCCGGCUCCGGUGACACGGCCCGGCUCAGGGCAGCGGGGGUUUGCUACAGCCACACCGGGAGGUACCGGGAUAAGGGCGGACCCCAGCCCCGGUGCCCGGCUUCACCCGCGUUCUCCGCCCGCCCGGGCGCCGCUGUGGGCAUGGAGGAGGGACGGCGGCGAGCGCAGCGCUGGGCUUGUGGCUCUGGGGAUCCUCGGCUCUGCCUUGGCGCUGAGGUGUGCUGACCAUGCUGACCCCGCCCGAGACCCCUGUGCAGCAGGAGCACGUGUAGGGUUUGCUGUGCAGAUCCAUGGACCUGGACCCCCAUGCCAGCAUGCAGGUGGGGAUGAGGGUUGUGCGUGGAGUGGACUGGAAGUGGGGCAGCCAGGACAGCGGCGAGGGCAACGUGGGCACCGUGGUGGAGAUCGGCCGCACGGGCAGCCCCACCACGCCCGACAAGACCGUGGUGGUGCAGUGGGACCAGGGCAACAGGACCAACUACCGCACGGGCUUCCAGGGCGCCUACGACCUGCUGCUCUACGACAACGCCCAGAUAGGUGUCCGUCACCCCAACAUCAUCUGUGACUGCUGCAAGAAGCACGGCAUCCGCGGCAUGAGGUGGAAGUGCAAGCUGUGCUUCGACUACGACCUGUGCACGCAGUGCUACAUGAACAACAAGCACGACCUGGCGCACGCCUUCGAGCGCUACGAGACCGCGCACUCCCAGCCGGUCCUCGUGAGCCCUCGGCAGAACCUGACUCGCAUCACCCUCAAAGGGACUUUCCAGGGGGCUAAAGUGGUCCGUGGGCCUGACUGGGAGUGGGGCAACCAGGAUGGGGGUGAGGGUAAGACCGGCCGCGUGGUCGAUAUCCGGGGCUGGGACGUGGAGACCGGCCGCAGCGUCGCCAGCGUCACCUGGGCCGACGGAACCACCAACGUCUACAGGGUGGGCCACAAGGGAAAGGUGGACCUCAAAUGCACUGUGGAGGCUUCUGGGGGCUUCUACUACAAGGAGCACCUCCCAAAAUUAGGGAAACCAGCAGAGCUGCAGAGGAAGGAGAGCACAGACAGACAUCCCUUCCAGCACGGGGACAAGGUGAAGUGCCUGCUGGACAUCGACAUCCUGCGGGAGAUGCAGGAGGGCCACGGGGGCUGGAAUCCCAAAAUGGCUGAGUUCAUCGGGCAGACGGGGACGGUGCACAGGAUCACGGACAGGGGGGACGUGAGGGUGCAGUUCAACAGUGACACCCGCUGGACCUUCCACCCCGGAGCCCUGACCAAGCUCAACACCUUUUGGGUUGGUGAUGUGGUCCGGGUGAUAGAUGAUAUGGAAACGGUGAAGCGCUUCCAACCUGGUCAUGGGGAGUGGACAGAUGAGAUGGCACCUACCCUGGGGCACAUUGGGAAGGUGAUCAAGGUCUAUGGGGAUGGAGAUCUGCGAGUGUCAGUGGGGGGACAGUCCUGGACCUUCAACCCUGCCUGCCUGACAGCCUACCAGAGGGAGGAGGAGGCCAACCUGAUGACCACAGAGAGUGCCAAGGAGCCCAAAAGUACUUUGGUGACUGUCCUGGAGAAGCUGCUGUCCCAGAGGACAGAGUCAGAGCAUGCAGGGUGCCUGGUCAUUUGUGCAGCCCUCAACAAUGCAGCUAAAAUCCGGGAGCUCCUCCAGAAAUACCCAGACAAGGUGGAUGCCAAGAACCAGGGCAGGACUGCCCUGCAGAUUGCCUCUUACCAGGGGCACCUGGAGGUGGUGAGGGCUCUGCUGCAGGCUCAUGCCAACGUGGACCUGCGAGACGACGAGGGGGACACGGCGCUGCACUACGCAGCCUUUGGAAACCAGGCUGAAGUUGCCCGUGUGCUGCUGGCCAAGGGGGCCAGUGCAGACCUGCUGAACAACGCCAAGUGCACGGCCCUGUUCGUCGCUGUCAGCCAGGGCUUCACCGAGGUGGUGAGAGCCCUCUGUGAGCUCAACUGUGAUGUCAACCUCCCAGAUUCCCAGGGAGACACCCCCCUGCAUUAUGCCAUCACCCUGGACUACAAAGUGGUGAUUGAGAUCCUCACUGAAGUUCCCAACAUCGAUUUCACUGUCCAGAACUGUCAAGGCUUCAACCUGCUCCACUAUGCUGCCCUGAAAGGCAACAAGCUAGCCAUCAAGAAGAUUCUGGCCAGGGCUCGACAGCUGGUGGAUUCCAAAAAGGAAGAUGGAUUCACUGCCCUGCACCUUGCUGCUCUCAACAACCACAUGGAAGUGGCUGAAAUUCUCAUCAAAGAGGGUCGCUGUGACGUGAACGUGAAGAACAGCAGGAAGCAGAGCCCCCUGCACCUGGCAGUGAUCCAGGGCCACGUGGCCAUGGUGCAGCUGCUGGUGAGCCAGGGCAGCGAUGUCAACGCCGAGGAUGAGGAUGGUGACACCGCCAUGCACAUGGCCCUGGAGCGGCAGCAGCUCAUGGCCCUGGCCCUGGAGAAGAGGGACGGGGAGAUGGGAGCCACCCUCCUGGCCAAGCUGCAGGCCUCUGGCUUCCUGGGGAACGUGGAGCUGAACGUUGGGACUGCCAUUGCCUGCUACCUGGCACAGGAAGGAGCAGACAUUAAUUAUGCAAAUCAUCGGGGAAAAUCUCCUUUGGACCUCACCACAGAUGGGACGAUUAUCCAGAUCAUCAAAGACUUCUCACAGAAAUUCAGGGAUCGGCAGGUUUGCUCUGAGAGCUCCACCAUCACCUGCAGCCUUCGGCGCGUGCACACCACGCCCAACACCAUGACCAACCUCAGCGUGUGCGGCGUGGCCGUGCCCUCCGAGUGCCUGGUGUGCUCGGAGCUGGCCCUGCUCAUCCACUUCUUCCCCUGCCAGCACAGCAUCGUCUGUGAGGAGUGCUCCAGGAGGAUGAAGAAGUGCAUCAAAUGUCAAGUGACAAUAACCAAAAAGCUGAAACAAGACAGCACGGAGGUGGAGUGCAGCCCCAGCUCGGAGUGCACGGAGCAGAGGAAGCUGAUGGAGGAGCUGCAGAGCCGCUACCGGCAGAUGGAGGAGAGGAUCACCUGCCCCAUCUGCAUCGACGACCAGAUCAAGCUGGUGUUCCAGUGCGGGCACGGCUCCUGCCCGGACUGCAGCACGGCGCUGACCGUGUGCCCCAUCUGCCGCCAGGCCAUCCGCGAGAGGAUCCACAUCUUCGUCUGAGGGAGGAUCCGCAUCUUUGUCUGAGGGAGGAUCCGCAUCUUCGUCUGAGGGAGGAUCCGCAUCUUCGUCUGAGGGAGGAUCCGCAUCUUCGUCUGAGGGAGGAUCCACAUCUUCGUCUG